CGGACCCGUGUGCGCUUGUUGUGCGGACGUAUCUCAUAGAAACUGUGACCCAGCAGUGUGUGUGACGUGAUAGUGCAGCAGCACAGAUGCGUGCCGCCGCCGCUGUGUUGCGGUGAUCGACUCACGCAUGUGACUUGUGAUUUCCUGUGGUUUGCGUGCGACUAAGUGAGUUCGUUGCGAGUUCGUGUUGUUCUAACUCUCGGUGCAAUCACGGUAAUUGCUGCCGGUAAAUCGGAACAUAAUUAGACGGAAAGAUCAAAUCUACAGCAUACAUAAUGCUGUUCAAACGAUCGAAAUCCAAAGUAUCAAGAAUAUCGCGUUAACUUGGGUUUUAGGAAAUUAAUUGGAUAUAGAAAAUGGCAAUGUUCGUGAAAGCCAGCGUCGGUUGAGGAGCACGAGAAACAUGGCCGGCGGACUGUACGGCGAUGUGUUGGGCGUCUUAUUGGCACUUAUCAUAUGUGUGACGCGCCCUGAACACGUAUCGUCGGCGCAGCGCGAACUAGGGAAGGGCGUUCCCGGCAACGCGUCGGCGACGUCCCCGCCCGGAUCCGACAAUGCCAUCCGAGCCGGACCCGCCGGCGACGGGCCUCGGCCUACGCCCCGCACCGGACCAUACUUCGACUUGGUGAUGUCGAAAAACGUUACCGCACUACUCGGAAAGACAGCUUACCUAAACUGUCGAGUUAAAAAUCUAGGAAACAAAACGCUGAACAUGCAAGUAUCGUGGGUUCGACACAGGGACAUCCAUUUGUUGACUGUCGGCAGAUACACUUACACUAGUGAUCAGAGAUUUCGAGCAAUCCAUCUCCCACAUUCCGAAGAUUGGACUUUACAGAUAAAGUACCCUCAGCACAGGGAUUCUGGUAUUUAUGAGUGCCAGAUUUCAACAACUCCGCACAUGAGUCAUUUCAUACAUUUAAAUGUUGUUGAGCCAACGACGGAGAUAAUUGGUGGUCCAGACCUUUACAUAGAUCGGGGGAGCACCAUAAAUCUAACAUGCGUGGUUCUUUACUCGCCGGAACCUCCGGCAUACAUUUUCUGGAAUCAUAAUGAUGCGAUUAUUAGCUACGAUUCCCCUCGAGGCGGCGUGUCGGUUGUAACGGAGAAGGGGGAAACAACCACGUCUUUCUUACUGAUUCAACAAGCGAGGCCGUCGGAUUCAGGCACUUACCAAUGUAAUCCAAGCAACGCACAAUCCAAAAGUGUUAUGGUUCACGUUUUAAAUGAAGCAAAUUCCAUUUUUCCUUUGUCAGGCGAGUACCCGGCGGCCAUGCAGCGAGGAGGACAAGCGUUCGCGCCCACCUCGCCCGCUCACUGCUUUGUGCUUGCAGUGAGUCUUUUGAUAUCUCUUUCCUGACAAAUACCAGUGACAUUGGAAAUGUAAAUAGACUUUCAAUAUAUUUCUCUGUUCAUAAUUAUAUUUGUGACCAAAUUAUUAGACUGGUUAACAGGCACCUUUGAUCACAAAUGUCAUUUCCAUCAGAUGAAAAAUUAUUCGCUAAAUUAUAGGGUUGGGUUGUGUUAUGUAAAAUUAAAAAUAUAAACCCUAAGCAAAUAGAUCGGAUGCUUGACUCAUAUAGAAUUGUAAAUAUUGUUAGUUAAGAUAUUCUGAUCUCGCAUUUAUUUCAUUACAUUGAUGUUGAAAGCAUUAUCAUAGUGAAUCUUUAAUUGAAGAAAUUUAAAAUUAUUGAAAUGAAGAAAUCAUAACAAAAUUAUGGUAACAAAGAGAAGAUUAUGUUCGAUUGAAUUUGAAAUACCUAAUUAUUGCAAAUUAAAUAAAUGGUGGGAUAUUUAAAAUAUCCGAUAAGAGACAUUGUUAAAGACAGGAAUGAACAGCUGACAAUACUAUAUUAACACAAAUGUUUAGUAAAUACAUUGAUUGUACAUAAACAUGUAAUGAAGAGCAAAGAUAUACGAAUCACUAUAUCUAGCUUUAUUCUAUUCUAAGGAAUGUAAAAUUGUAAGUAAUUUGCAGAAGAAAAUAUUACGUGGAUAAUCUUUAUUGUUUUUGUAAAUAUCGUUGAAAGAUACUGCACAGGUAUGUCUUUAUUGAUUUAAUUGUUUUCUAGUAUAAUAUUUACUAUUGUGAUUUAGUCUACUUUUUAAACAAAACAAUUUCAAUACUUUUAAGCAUUUCAAUCAGUUUGGAUGUGAAUUAUUAUUUAUUUUGUGGUACGAUCAUGUUUUGUUUUAUUCAUCCUGUGUGGUCCAUCUUUCAUAUAACUAAAAUUAUACAAUUAGUAAGCAAAGUAGAUAUAAGAAAUAAAAACUAGAAUGCAGAUUUUAAGAUACUAUAAUUUAUAUUUCGUACUUUUUAAAUAAAUACCCUUUUCCCCUUCCAGCGUCAACUUCCCAGUGUUAGUUACUAAGUGUUUUUUUUUUACUUCGCCCAUUUAAUAGAUUUAUUCAACAAUUGUUUGGCUAAUGUGGAAAGAACAUAAUUUAAAAAAUCUAGUCGCGUUCCCCGUCCCUUGUCUUAAAUUACCUUAAAUUGUGUAAAACUAUAUUCAAAGUGCUUUUAAGGACAGAUACUGUCAAAAAAAUCUGAAUAUUUAUUUUUAAAUUUAGAUUUUAGACGUUUUUGUAAAUAGUCAUCUACAUGUUGUCCAAUAGAAUUUUCAGUAUAACAUUAAUCUUGAUGUAACAUAAUCUAUGUCGUACGAACUAUUUCAAUCAAAUGGUUUUCUUGAAAUAGGCUAUCGAAUAGAAAACUUGAUUAUAACCAGUUAUUAUAUCAGAAGUUUAUUAUUGUAUACAAGUAACAAUAGUAUUUAAAUUUGUUGUAUGUAUCAUGAUUGUGCGAUAAGCACAGCAAAUUACA